GGAAGAACAGACACGUGACAUUCAACAGGAAGUAAAUAAACUCUUCCCGCGCAGUUGAAUCCAAUCGGUUUAACAAGACGUCUGCAUUCACGGAUAAUCAAACACAAUGGACGAGCUUUAUUUAGAUAACAUCGACGAAUUUGUCAACGACCACGAUAAGAUAGUGACCUAUAAAUGGCUGAGUCUCACUCUGGGAGUCCAUGUCAACACAGCUAAACAAAUGCUCUAUCAUUAUUUGGAUCACAAGAGGAAGGAGAGCUCAGCUCCGCUCCAUGCCACCUACCUCGUGUCGGGGAAGUUUGUGGACAAUGGCCAGACGAGUCACAAGGUGUCCGUAGUCAAAGAGGACCAGUUGGAAGACGUCAAAUCCAGGAUGAGCUUGGUCGUCAGCGUGCACGUCUACAGUGUCCAGAAAGCUCUGCUGAAAGACAGCGGCCCCCUCUACGGCGUCGACUACGACGCCGUCAAAGACAAUCUGAAGAACUGCAGCAGAUACAGUGCCAUCCGCUGUGCCAGCGCAGUGCCCAGGUCCUCUGUGGAGCUGCAGCAGGCCAGACCAACCCAGCCAGCUCCUGCACCAGAGCCUGAACACAAGAAAUCCACCACCAAUGGAGAUGCUACUCCGGCUUCCAAACCUUCCACCAAGCCACAGAAAGGCAUCAUGGGAAUGUUUGCAAAUAAGAGCGCUCUUAAGAACCAGGACAGUGGUAAAGAGGUGAAGUCGGAGCAGAAGGAGGAUGCACCUGUGGUUGAUGAGCCCAAAAGUAAACCAGCUGCAAAAGCCAACCCCAUGAUGAACUUCUUUAGCAGUCAAGCAGCAAAGAAACCAGACAAAACGGUGAAGCAGGAGGAAGCAGCUCCAUCAUCAUCCUCAGCAGAGCAGCAGCGGCCCAGUUCACAGCCGGAGGAAACACAGGCUGCUGCUGCUGCUGCUGCUGCUGUGGAGCCGCCCAAAAACUCCAAGAAAGACUCCAGGAGCAAAACCAAGAGAAUGGAGGAUUCUGACAGCGAGGAGGAGAAAAUGGACAAGAAAAAGAGACGGAGGAUUAAGAAGCCUGAACCAGACAGCAGCGAUGAAGAUGUCAUUCCAGAUUCCCCACAGCAGAUGGAAACAAGAGAAGCGUCACCAAGUCCUAAGAAGAAGGUGGAGUCUGUUUCACAGUCACAUCAGGGAAACUGUGAAAUGAAGACGAGGAAGAGGAGACGCGUCCUGAAAUCUCGUACCUUUGUAGACGACGAAGGAUGCAUCGUGACAGAGAAAGGCUAUGAGAGUGAAUCGUACUCUGAAGCAGAGGACGACGUCCAGGCCCCCAAACACGCUGCGAAAGAUCCCCUCCCUGCAAAACAACCAGCAAGUAGCAAACAGGACGACAAGAAAAGUCAAAAGAAAGCGUCCGCAAAUUCAAAUAAAGGAACUAAACAAGCUUCGAUUAUGGGAUUUUUCCAAAAGAAAUGACGGGAGGACAGCGUGGGACACUUGUAUAGGCGCCGAGGGACAAAAAGCACUGCUGUGGACUUUCUAUGACCAUCUUUUGAUAAAACUGAAACGUGAAUGCAAAUCGCUCCUCAAAAAGGACUUCAACUACACGUACGUGUCAAUCAGGAUGAAAACCAUAUCGCUUUUCACCUAACCAGCUGUGAAUACAUGACCUACUCAAUAAAUAUUAAAUGCUGAAACUUA